AUGUUCGGCAGAGACUGUGUGCGGUUGAAUUUGAAGUCAGUUAUGUUCCUCAUCGUGGCCGUCAUAAUGUCCCACGUGCGAAUUACGCAAACAUCUGUUCACUCAAACAGUCCAGAAGUUAUUCCUACAAAGCAAGAAAAGAGCAACAGUGAUAACGAUCGAUCUGCAGUUUUGAUCAACACUAGUAACAAAAUCCCCUCCGACACGAGCCACUGCCCGAACGAUACGCUCUGCUCGGUCCUGCCCAACUCGUGCCUCGCGUGUCCCACAAUUCCGCCGCAGUGCAUUUACGGGUCGGAAGUGACCGUAAGCUGCAGUCCGAAGCCGACGGUCCUGUGCCGGAACGAGCCACUGCCGUCACCGUCGUCCUCAUCCUCGCCGAACGCCGUCAACUCGCAGGGAAGCGUUGAGAUCAAGCGGCGUACGCUCUGUCGGUACUGCUACCAAACUGAACGCUGGGAGCAGAUUUGCGAGCAGAAGGGCGGCUGCAACUCGGUCGAUUCGCAGUUCAAAACCAACUGCACCGUCAACGGGGAGAUCCUGUGCUUUGGCAAUAGGACGUUUAUGAGGAAAGUGCCCUGCAACUGGACGCAGGGCUAUCGUUGGUCGACGACGCUGAUUCUGAGCAUCACGCUCGGUGGGUUUGGGGUUGAUCGAUUCUUCUUAGGGCACUGGCAGGAGGGUAUCGGGAAGCUGUUCAGUUUUGGGGGGUUGGGUGUUUGGACGCUUAUUGACGUGCUGCUGAUCUCGUUGCACUAUCUGGGACCGGCUGAUGGGUCGUUGUAUAUUUAAGAAGGGCCUGCGAUUAUAAUACUCGAUAGAACAUAG